CUGAUAAAAUUCAGUUAUACCUCGAGUUAUGCGACACCACCAAUUCGAACUCGCGACUAUUCGACACCGCCGUUAUCGUCCAUUCAUCGAGCACCUUCAAGAUCCGGCUCAUUCAUCUCAUUCAUGGAAUACAGUGGCCAGAAGCAGUUUGAGCUAGCAAGGAGCUCAAGCCGUCUCUCAGCCUAUGAUGGACUAAGUCGAGCGAGUUCUCGUUCGAACCUGGAGAUGUUCUACGACACAGGCCGUUUGUCACGGGUGGACAGCUACGUACGUGGCCUGGAUGAUCGUAUUGAGCAUCAGUUUUCGAGCACUUACGCUAAAUAUCAUUCACCCUCGCGGCCAUAUUUCCCUCACGAAUACACGCCAGUCAACGGAUAUAGAGUACGUUGUUAA